AUGAUUGAGCCGUUCCAGACGACCUUUGCGGUCCCAAUGACCUGCGAAGGCUGCGUGAAGGAUAUCUCUACUUCGCUGUACAAACUGGAUGGUAUUAAGAAGGUCGACGCAAGCCUCAAGGACCAACUCAUUUUUAUCGAAGGCACCGCGCCACCGAGCUCCAUUGUCUCCGCGAUCCAGGAUACUGGUCGUGAUGCCAUUCUGCGCGGAAGCGGUACAACCAACAGCUCCGCUGUCUGCAUCCUCGAAACACACUCCAGCAGUGUCUCGAACAAGAUCCGAGGCCUCGCUCGCAUGGUGCAGGUCUCCCCGAACAUGACUCUGGUCGACCUGACUAUCAAUGGCCUGUCUCCGGGCAAAUACCACGCCACCAUCCGCGAGGCCGGUGACAUCUCGCAAGGAGCUGCGUCGACAGGCGGAAUCUGGGAUUCGCUCAAGGCAAAGGUACUUGGCUCCGACGUUCCUGAGAAGGAGCCUCGUGGAGUCUUUGGCUCGGUCGAUGUGGACGACAAGGGCCGAGGCAAUGUCUUCUUGGACCGACCUGUGGCUAUUUGGGAAUUGAUUGGCCGGAGUAUGGUGGUAUCGGGCAGCAAGGAAGGCCCGUUCAAGCGUGAGGAUGAGAAUACAUUGGUUGGCGUGAUUGCUCGCAGUGCGGGUGUUUGGGAUAAUGAUAAGAUGGUAUGCUCUUGCUCUGGGAAGAAUGUUUGGCAGGAGCGGCAGGAGCAGGUCGGUCAGGGAAUGGCUUAA